GCAAUCUGCACGGAUUUGACAAGACAGCCCUGAGAAACACGGGCGAGAGCUUCACGUGUGUUUCACAGACAUAAAAUAUUUAUCACAAUCUUUAAACGUUUAGGAAUAACCCAAUCUUCCUCUAGAAUUUCCGUAUAAAGAAGAAAAAAAAAUAUUAGGCCUAACAGCAAACAACGGAACCUUAACUUGUAGUUCUUCGUCGUUUCUGAGGUGACAUUGUCAAGAUGGGAGAAGACACCAAAAAUCACGAUCCUUUGCAAGGUGCUGUAGGCAAUGAUGACAAAAACGUCAUCAAGAAAGAUGACGAGACGGUUUGUUUAAAGCCGAAGAUGACCCUAACGAACGGUAUAACAGUGAUUGUUGGAAGUAUUAUUGGAUCUGGAAUUUUUGUAUCGCCCAAGGGAGUACUAAAAGGAACCGGUAGCGUUGGACUGUCCCUCAUAGUAUGGAUUAUUUGCGGCGUAUUCUCCAUGGUUGGGGCGUACUGCUACGCGGAGUUAGGAUGCAUGAUCACCAAGACGGGAGCCGAUUACGCCUAUAUUAUGGAAUCCUUCGGCGCAUUUGUGGCGUUUAUUCGGCUGUGGGUGGAGUGUAUGAUCGUUAGGCCUUGCUCUCAAGCUAUUGUCGCUCUCACCUUUUCCUUCUACGUCUUACGACCCAUUUACCCCGACUGCGACCCACCCGAUGACGCCGUAAAGUUCUUAGCCUGCUUAUGUAUCUGUAAGUUGAUGAGAACAAUUAUUAAUUUUAUUUUUUCAAAAAUUAGAAGUGUUUUAUAAUCCGAGGAAAGUAGC